GGGUUAUUAUGGAGUUAUGAUUGGGUUAGCAUUCCAUUAGUUUAUACUCAGGUAGUCACAAUUGCUACUUACUCAUUUUUCUUAGCUGCUCUGGUUGGGCGUCAGUAUGUAGAUGCAGCCAAGAAACCUCUACAAAUGGAAAUUGAUAUUUAUUUGCCAGUUUUUACAAUUCUCCAGUUCUUUUUCUUCAUGGGACUGCUCAAGGUUGCUGAACAGCUAAUUAAUCCAUUUGGAGAUGAUGAUGAAGAUUUUGAGCUGAAUUGGUUAAUUGAUAGACACACAAAGGUUUCAUAUCUGGGUGUUGAUAUUCUUAUGUCAUCAGCACCACCUCUUGUGAAAGAUAUGUAUUUUGACCAAGUUGACUUAACACUGCCUUAUACUGAAGCAUCUGUUGCUUAUAAAAAGAAAACUUACCGUGGAUCUGUUCACAACAUGACGGUACCUGAGGAUAAACACACUAUGUUUUUGCCCGAAAUUUCUGAGGAAGAUGAAGACAGAACACCGACCCCGAGGUCUUCCCUAUCCAAUGUGCAGCAUUUGGCACACUCUCGACCUACUGAACCUGCACCCGUGACAGCAGCAGCUGCAGGUACCUGGCGGUCCAGUUUCCCAUCAACCCAGAGCUUUAACAAGGCAGUUGAAGUGGAUCCUGAAUUCGAAACCAGUCGUACAUCUACUCACAAUGUGGAGAUGUGUAUGGAUACGGCUGCCUUUCAACAGGAACAGAAAAUCAAAACAGUAAUAGAUACAUUAGCUUCUGGAAGUGGCAGAGAAGGAAUAUCUGGAAGACCGCUCUCUCGAUCAGAGAGUGUUCCAGCUAAGAAGCCAAUUUUUGUGGCCAAAAGCAUGCUGGGGUGGCCUAGUUCCUCUACAUUAGGUCGCUCUGAUGUAAGCUUUCGCAACUCAGAACAGUCCAUUGAAAUGCAGAGCUGCUACAACUCUUCAUUGAAUUUUGGAGCAAGUGCAGACAGAACACCCGAGGAGGAACGCAGCUGUGACCCGUUUGUGCAGGCUCCUGUGAGGAGGAGCAGAGGGGACAGCUUUAGUAGUGGUGUGAGCCGAGGGGGUGGAAAUGAAGGUGCUGUUGGCAGAUGUGGUGGAGUUGGUGGUGAAGGUGCUGGAGGCAGUGAUGACAGUGAUGGUGAUAGAAUUGGCAUUAGCAGGAGAGAAAUAAGAGAAAGACUUGCUACGGCAAGAGAUUGUUUUAGUAGUGAGAGUGCUGUCGGAGAAAUUGGUGGUGUUAAUACUCCAGCUAUUCAGAACAACCGACUGAGUUUGAGCCUUGAUGUGACUUGCAACUACUCAUCUCAUUUGUCCCAUCUCUCGUUGGACACGCCAUCAAUUCCAAAGCAGUAUGAACAUUACCUAUGUAAACCGAAAGAAGAGACAGAAUAUGUUACUUUUAAGAAAGAUUUCAGAAGUGUCUGCAUGGCAAAAGUGAAAAGCUGUCCUAAGUUAAUUCUAGUUAAAAGACAACAUUCUGCUAAUAAUGGCAGGAAAAAAGGGGUACGUUGGAAACCCAUGGUGAAUAACGUUCCAGGGAGAGAUGUUGGCAGUCUGAGAAGGCAGACUGUUGAAAUUCUACCUAUGACACCUGAUCCAUCAAAUGUUAAUUACUUUUUUCCCAGUAAAACUGCAUUAGAAGAAAUAGAAUUUUUAAGUCAAUCAAAUCCUGAUACACAAUGUUUAUGGUGCAGAAAGCAAAUGGAAUACCGUCAAGCUUUGCUUAGGCGUACUGUGAGUGGAGAUAGUGAACACUUUGUGAACACUAGUGCAGAUAGUGGGUCCAAUUUAUCUUUUUCUCAAGAAUUGUGCCCAUUGCAUUACAGAAUAAAAAAUAAUGAAAGUAGAAAAGGGUGUCCUGUACCACCCAAUAGACUUGACAUUGGCACAGAAGAUUUACACCCUAAAAGUUUACCGUUCCAAGAAAGGAGAGCUACUGUCAGCACAUUAAGUUUGACAGGUUCAGAAUUGGAAGCCAAGCGGUGGCAAAGUAGAUCUUUUUGGGAGCGAGGUUUCUUUAAGAAAAUGAAACUUUUGUAUAAUCGCAAAGGAGUCAAGGCAACACCUGCUGUUGUAAAGCGAACAAGUUUAUUUAUAAGUAACAAAACAUCACUGAGUCAGAGUUUACCAAAUAUUGCAUUUUCACAUUGUCAAUCUGACUCGCUAGGUGCUACUUCUGAAAAACUCACUCCAAUUUUCCUAAAUAGAAUGACGCCCACAGUGAGAAUCAGCGACAUGACAUCUGCUGAGAGUGAAGGUUCUUCUUGCUUUGCAUCUAUAAUGGAAAUGCAAGAAGAAGAUGAGCUAGACAAGAAAGAUCUGUCAACAAAAGUAGUCGAUGAUGCCAAGAAAAUCCCUAAGAUCUCAUUAAAUUUACCGGUAUCCUCUCCAGAGUGUAGCUCUAAUUCAGUUAUGUUAGUGGCCAAUAGCAGUAGUGAACACUUGAAUACACGUUCCCAGGACUCUUCAUGGCAGUCUGCAGACUGGACAGGAAUCAUUGACAUAGACCAAAAACAUGAUUCUGUCCCUGGAGAAAACCUUCAACAAACCAGUACACCAAAAGAAGUGCAUUCAGUUUCUUCGUCAGAAGAGGCCAACACAUGUGCAUCUAACACACUACAAGAAGUCAUUGUUGUCAGUGGCAAUGGAUCUCCUUGUAAUGAAAAAUCAAGUAAAAGUAUAUCGUGA